AUGCUUUCGGAAAACAUGCUAUUUAUAACUACAAGGGCUGCCACACUAAAUUCCACGAGGACAUUACUUUUUAAAAACAUAAGCCAUGUUCCGGCCGUGAGUGAUCGAUUCCGCCGAGCUUUUCACACUACCUUUAUUACAAGAUCGGCUUCAAAAGAGAAAAAAAAUGAUACAGAAUCCGACGAGGGUGAGGAAUCAGUCGGAAAUUCAUCUCCAAUGAAAGCUACAAACCAAAGACCAACAAUCAAUAGAGUUGGUGUUCCUUUCGUUCCAUACAUUUGUCCACGUCGGUCAAGAUUACCUAGUCCAUUAACUUCACCAAUCGUAUUCGUCAAAUGUUUAUUUAAGAGGGUUUAUAUGUCAUGCUAUAACUGGGUCAAUGUUUACAAAUUUAAAAACACUAUGGGUAAAGGAUACAAACCUAAUUUUGUCAAAUGGAAAAAUGAGGCUAUCGAGAUUUACGUCAAAGUAAACCAAUCAUUUGCUGACAAGAAAAUUGCCGGUGUUCGUGAAUUAAUGUCCGAUUACGUGUAUAUUUCACUAAAGCAUCGACAGAAAGAACUUCCCAAAGAUGUUACACUUGGCUGGGAACUUGUGAAAUUCAAUGCCCCACCAAAGUUAAUCUCCUUCCAUGCUUUUCCACACGAGGAUGGUUCUGUUUUACUCUGCCAAAUAAUUUACAGAUUUCAAACGAAGCAGAAAAUGGUUGUGAAACGAAAGACAAGUAAGAAGCUUAACGCAAAGGUGAAAGAUCUGACCGAGUACAUUUCCUUCAAUAUUGAUCCAUUCACUGAUGAUUGCGUGAUUGCGGGUUCUGUUUUCGAAAGCAUACCAGAAAGACCAUUGUCACAAGGUGCAAUGCCUACCCAAACAGAAACAAUAAAUAUGAUGAUUAAGAAUGGUGACAUAUAUAGACCGGAGCCUUCUUAUUCGGAGCAGCUUGCCGAAACUAAAAAGAAAACCUCCUCUUGA